CAUGGAUAUUUGAUAAUUUUAUUUAUUAUUAUUAUUUUUAUUAAUAAAUUAUUAUUAUUAUUUAUUAUUAUUUAGCCUAUCGUUGAAUUUCUGUAACACAAUAUUGGAAUAGUGUCUAUAAUUAAAAGUGUUAUAGCCAAACUGUUAUGCUCAAUCUGAAGGUUGAGCAUGGCUCAGAUAAAGUCAGAUCUACAUUAUUGGGAUUUUGUUUACAGUGAGCCACAUUUGGAGAACCAAUGAUCUAACUUUGGCAAAGCAGUCCUUGAUAUAGGCCUAAUAUCUAUGACUGUCAAAUGUAUUCCAACACCUGACUUGUGUUUUACUUUAGGAUAGUAAAGCUAAAUGUUUAAUUUGAAGGAUAUACAGUAUUACUGUCUGUAUAUUGAAUGUGGUUUAAAUGUUAUUUAAUCAAACUUUUUUCUGUGUGAUAAUUCACAGGAAUGUGUUGCACAACUCAACAUGAGGGAGCUUCUCUCAAUAGGAAUGGAUGGCCCUAAUGUCAACUUUAGACUCCUGGAUCUCCUUCAAAAGGAGCAUGCUGAGCUGUACGGAGGUGCUCAAGUCCUGAUGGUUGGGAGCUGUGGACUGCACACCCUCCACAAUGCCAUGAAGGCAGGCUUCACAGCCUGGCAAAUUGACAAACUCCUGCGUGCGCUCCAUUUUCUCUUCCACAACGUUCCUGCCCGAAGAGAGGACUACACCAACAUCACUGGAUCAUCCUGCUUUCCCCUCUCUUUCUGCGGCCACAGAUGGGUCGAAAAUGUGCCGGUUGCAGAGAGAUUCCUGGAAGUUUGGCCCAUGAUUCGGAAGUAUGUUGAUGCUGCUGAGGAGAAGAAGGUCCAAAAACCGAACACGGCCUCUUAUGACGUCAUCCUGGCAGCACUAGGCGAUCCACUCUUAAUCCCAAAGCUUCAAUUUUUCCUCGCCAUUGCGAGAAGUUUUAACCCAUUUCUUCAGAAAUACCAAACAGAUGAGCCAGUGUUGCCUUUUUUGGCAAAAGAUUUAACUGAGCUUCUGUUGAGUUUACUGAGGCGGUUCAUUAAAAGGGAGCUCCUACAGGACCAAAGCCCCCUGCAGCUCAUUAAUUUGGACAUCUCUGAGGAGAAGAACUGGGUCUCCCUCAAAAGGGUAGACAUAGGCUUGGGGGCUGAAUCUGCCAUCAAGGUGAUGUCAUCAUUCAACAAUUCACAUCCUUUCUCUCUGUCGUGGGCAGAGAAGAUGAGUUUGUUUCCUUCCAACCCCUGAGGCAGCGUCUCGAUGUCUUUCUCCACUCUAAACUCUGUACGUCCCAUCCUGACCUGCUAAAGUUCUGCCAAAGUGCUCUCCUCCUUUCCCAUGGACAGGCCACAGUGGAGAGAGGCUUCUCGGUGAAUAAAGAGGUAGAAACGUGCAACCUCCGUGAUGAAUCUCUCGAAGCCCUCAGGUUAAUCUGUGAUAAGGUAGCUGUUUGUGGUGGCGUUCUUAAAGUUCCUUUGACCAAGGAGCUCCUGGCCUCUGCUGCUUCAGCGAGGUCACAAUACAGGCUAUACCUUGAUAGUGAGCGGAAAAAAAAGGAGAGCGCUACACAAGAGCUGAAGAGGAAAGCAGCAAAGAAAGAGCUUGAGGACCUUCGGAACCAGCGGCAGGUACUCAAUAGCGUGUGCCAUUCACUUGAAAAUGAUGCCGACAAGUAUGCAGAGAUGACUGAGGGAAAGGCAGGAACAAAGAUGGCUGAGCUCAUCACAAAAUCCAACUCUCUUCGUAGAAGACACAGGGACAAAAAAGCAGACCUUCUCCAAGUGGAAAAAAUGAUAGAAGAAAAA